AUGCACGGUCCAUUACCUGCAGAGAUCGCUGCUUCCUUGCUCAGUUCUUGUGGCGCGAGUACAAGUAGGACCACGCCUCUCUCUUCGCGACUAGAUACUACGACAAGGCAGCUCGAUCGCGUAGACGGAACUGCGAUAUCUGGACAGAACGACUCAACCGGCCCAAGGACAAAUCAACCGGUCCACUCUCUAUUCGCAAUCAACCUUCCUACCUCUUCUAUGGCCUUCAUAAAAUACCUUGAUGAGCUCGAUAGGCUUCCGGACCGUGAAAAGAAGGAGAGAAGAGACAAGAGAAAGAGGAUGCUUGAAGCGCUGGAUUACUUUGGAACGGAGAUGUGUCAUUUGCUUGAAGUGCUCAGCGACAGUAAGAAGCACGACGCGCUGAACAAACACAGGAAGAAGGUCCAUAUCGAGAUGAGAGUUUGUUGUGCGGAAUUCACGGCUAUGUUCCUCUUAUACUUCGACAACUUCGGGUCGCCACGUUUUUCGGAAGCUACCACACUAGACGUGAUUGAAGAGUCCUUCUCCGAGAUCGCUCUCUUCCUGUCCUAUAUGCGAGUAGGCAAGGACUUUACCGAUCACCUCCUCGUCACUGUCGCCGCCUGGCUCACAUACCGUCGGGCUAUCCUAUCGGUCCAAAGCGCGCAUGCCACGGCACUCCUGCCAUCGCAGAUUCUGAGUCCAUUCACUAUGAAGAUCAAGAACUCAUGCCUUGUUACUCAGUUAAAGAAGGCGCAUCAUGACUACGUGACAACGGAGACUGGGUAUUUCCCGGUUCAUGAAGUACUGGUUGAUGGGUUCGCAGCGCUGCAGGAAACGUUUCGGGAGGGAGGUAACAUUGCGGUGAGGGUCAGGGCAGGACUAGAAGGUUUGGAGGGGUAUUUGUUUAGGCUGGGUGAUGAGUUGGGAGAGGGAGCGGGACAGUGGAUUGUUUCUCAGCAGACUUGGAAUAAGAGACGUGGGUAG